AUGGCGCCCGGCCCCAUAGAGACUCCGGAAAAGCAGGAGGCAGAUACUGUUGCGCCGAAGAAGAUCUCCAAGGGUGUUGUUCUCGGUCCAGAUGGCAAACCUGUAGCCUCCCUCCUCGCACUCUCCGGCAAGAUGCCCAAAUCGACAAGAACCGCAACCGCAACCACAACCACAACCACAGCCUCCCUCCCCUCCGACUGCCCCCCCGACGUCGAAGCCCUCGGACGCUCCUCCUGGACGCUCCUGCACUCCAUCACAGCCACAUACCCCACCAAUCCCACACCGCAACUACAAACCGAGACCAAGAGCUUCCUGUCGACGUUUGGCAAGCUAUACCCUUGCUGGGUAUGCGCAGAAGACUUCCAGACCUGGAUGGCGAAGAAUACACCGCGGGUUAGCAGUCGAAGCGAAUUCGGCACGUGGAUGUGCGAGGCGCAUAAUGCGGUCAAUGAGAAGUUGGGAAAAGAAACGUUUGAUUGUGCCAAGUGGGAAGAGAGGUGGAGGACGGGCUGGAAGGACGGGAGGUGUGACAUCUAA